GGACCUGCGGCAGCGGGCCUCGGUUGGGAAGGGGCUUGUAAAGGGAGAUUGCAGUCUGCGGCUUCGGGGUGAUGAUGACAUUCGGGGGCGCUUUGCGAUAAAGUACAGAAAGACAAGGCUGGACAGACUUCAGGGCCCAGUCAGGGCAGCCGAAUGGGGAAACUCUUGGGUUUUGAGUGGACAGAUGUGUCUAGCUGGGGGAGGCUGGUGGCCCUGCUGAAUAGACCAACGGAUCCUGCAAGCCUGGCUGUCUUCCGUUUUCUCUUUGGGCUGAUGAUGCUGCUGGACAUUCCCCAGGAGCGGGGGCUCAGCUCUCUGGACCGAAGAUACCUGGAUGGGCUGGACGUGUGCCGCUUCCCCCUGCUGGAUGCCCUGCAGCCACUGCCACUUGACUGGAUGUAUCUUGUCUAUACCAUCAUGUUUCUGGGGGCACUGGGCAUGAUGCUGGGGCUGUGCUACCGGAUAAGCUGUGUGUUAUUCCUGCUGCCAUAUUGGUAUGUGUUUCUCCUGGACAAGACGUCGUGGAACAACCACUCCUAUCUGUAUGGUUUGUUGGCCUUUCAGCUGACAUUCAUGGAUGCAAACCACUACUGGUCUGUGGACGGCGUGCUGAAUGCCCGUAAGCGGAAUGCCCAUGUGCCCCUUUGGAACUACACUGUGCUGCGUGGCCAGAUCUUCAUUGUGUACUUCAUUGCGGGGGUGAAAAAACUGGAUGCAGACUGGGUUGAAGGGUAUUCAAUGGAAAAUCUGUCCCGGCACUGGCUCUUUAGUCCCUUCAAACUAGUAUUGUCCGAAGAGAUGACUAGUCUAGUCGUGGUGCACUGGUGUGGGCUGCUGCUGGACCUCUCAGCUGGUUUCCUGCUCUUCUUUGAUGCCUCAAGAUCCAUUGGCCUCUUCUUCGUAUCCUACUUCCACUGCAUGAACUCCCAGCUUUUCAGCAUUGGUAUGUUCCCCUACGUCAUGCUGGCCAGCAGCCCUCUCUUCUGCCACCCCGAGUGGCCUCGGAAGCUGGUAUCUCGCUGCCCCAGAAGGUUGCAAGAACUGCUUCCCCUCAAGGCCACUCCUCAGCCCAGCGCUUCCUGCAUGUAUAAAAGGAGCCGGGCCAAAGGUGGCCAGAAGCCAGGGCUGCGCCAUCAGCUAGGCGCUGCCUUCACCCUGCUCUACCUUCUGGAGCAGCUCUUUCUGCCCUAUUCCCAUUUCCUCACCCAGGGCUAUAACAAUUGGACAAAUGGGCUGUACGGCUAUUCCUGGGACAUGAUGGUACACUCCCGCUCCCACCAGCACGUGAAGAUCACCUACCGUGAUGGCCGCACUGGCGAGCUGGGCUACCUUAACCCUGGGGUAUUCACACAGAGCCGGCGAUGGAAGGAUCACGCAGACAUGCUGAAGCAAUAUGCCACUUGCCUGAGCCACCUGCUUCCCAAGUACAAUGUCACUGAGCCCCAGAUCUACUUUGAUAUUUGGGUCUCCAUCAAUGACCGCUUCCAGCAGAGGAUUUUUGACCCUCGUGUGGACAUUGUGCAGGCUGCCUGGUCCCCCUUCCAGCGUACACCUUGGCUACAGCCACUGUUGAUGGAUCUGUCUCCCUGGAGGACCAAGUUACAGGAAAUCAAGAGCAGCCUGGACAACCACACCGAGGUGGUCUUCAUUGCAGAUUUCCCUGGGCUGCACCUGGAGAAUUUUGUGAGUGAAGACCUGGGCAACACUAGCAUCCAGCUGCUGCAGGGGGAGGUGACUGUGGAGCUGGUGGCAGAAAAGAAGAACCAGACUCUUCAGGAGGGAGAAAAAAUGCAGUUGCCUGCUGGUGAGUACCAUAAGGUGUACACAAUAUCGCCCAGUCCUUCCUGCUACAUGUACAUCUACGUCAACACUACCGAGCUUGCACUGGAGCAAGACCUGGCAUAUCUGCAAGAAUUAAAGGAGAAAGUGGAGAAUGGAAGUGAAACAGGGCCUCUACCUCCAGAGCUGCAACCUCUGCUGGAAGGGGAAGUAAAAGGGGGCCCUGAGCCAACACCUCUGGUUCAGACCUUUCUUAGACGGCAGCAAAGGCUCCAGGAGAUUGAACGCCGGCGAAAUACCCCUUUCCAUGAGCGACUCUUCCGCUUCUUGCUGCGAAAGCUCUAUAUCUUUCGCCGCAGCUUCCUGAUGACUUGUAUCUCACUUCGAAAUCUGGUAUUAGGCCGCCCUUCCCUGGAGCAGCUGGCCCAAGAGGUGACUUACGCAAACUUGCGACCCUUUGAGCCAGUUGGAGAGUCGACUCCUUCAAACACAGAUUCUUCAAAUCCUCCUGAGCCAAAUUCUGACCCUGUCCACUCAGAGCUCUGAGGGGGGCCAGACAUUGGGUACAGAUAUGGGAGCAGCCAGUCACAAGACCAUUACCUACACAGUGGAAAUUUAUUUGAAAAUGUUAUUUCAGAUAUUUUUUACAUUUUUCUUCCUUGUCCACAGCUAUUUUAAAUUCAGAAAUGAUAGCUUAGAGGAGCCAAGGAAGUAAAGCAAAGAUGAUAAUUUAUCAAAGGUUGAGGGGCUAAGAAGGGGUUAAGAAGAAUGUGAAAAUGUCCUUCUAGGAUAAAAGGGUUAAGAGUCAGGUUUCAAGUGACUGGCUUCUUGGGGAAAGAGAUUCAAUGUACCAUGAAGAAAAUAACAGCUGACUGUUCUCAAGUGCUUGCUGUGAGCUAGGCACUGUGUGAAGCACUGUGCCUACAUUAGUACAUGUAGUCCUUAAUAGUCAUUGGCCCCAUUUUACAGUUGGAGAAACUGAGGCUGAGAGGUAAUAUAAUUUGUUCAAAGACAUACACCUAGUAAGGGAUGGAUUGAUGGUUUGAACCUCAAGUCCAUUUGACUUAAGGUCUUGUACCCUGCCUCAUGUAAUUGUCAGAAUCACUUAGAAUAAUUUUGAAGUAAUGUAGUUCAAACUUGUCUUCUUAAUUAUAAGUACGAUUAGGAUGGUGAUCAGGUUUUAAAUGCACACAGAGUAAUUGUCUCACUACAGUUCUGGUUCCUUCUUUGUUCCUAUUAUCUAUAUAGCCAGUAAGUUUUUCACUUGCAGUUAUGAGAGUAGUUAGAAUAGCACAAAGUUAAAUAAGGAAAUUUAGAUGAUUGGUAAUAGGAUUUCGUUAAAAAAUAAGCUUAGUAUAUUUAGCAUUAUCAUAGCCUUUAGUGAGCAGAAGGUGAUGUAAAGUAAGAGUUGACCAAACUUGGUAAGGGUUUAGGGAAUGUUUAUAGUCACUUUGUAGGUUUGGAUAUACAGGAGUGAUUCAGGAAACUUCUUAAUUCCAUUAAAAUUCAAAGGCCUGGCACUGAGCUAGGAAGUGAAAAGGCAUAGAGUAAUAAAA